AUGGAUCGCGAAUGGGGGAGCAAGCCCGGAAGCGGCGGCGCCGCGUCCGCGCAGAGCGAGGCGAUCGACCGGCGAGAGCGGCUGCGACGACUCGCUCUCGAAACCAUUGACCUCGCGAAGGAUCCCUAUUUCAUGCGGAACCAUCUCGGAAGUUACGAGUGCAAGCUGUGUCUGACGCUCCACAACAACGAGGGAAACUACCUCGCGCACACGCAGGGCAAGCGCCACCAGCAGAAUCUGGCGAAGCGUGCAGCCAAGGAGGCGCAGGAGGCCCCGGCGCUGCCCCAACCAGCACGGCCCCGAGUGAACCCAAGGAAGACAGUGAAGAUCGGUCGACCUGGUUACCGUGUAACCAAGCAGUUCGACCCUGAGACGCACCAACGCUCACUGCUCUUCCAGAUCGAGUACCCAGAGAUAGAGGACGGGGUGAAGCCUCGCCAUCGAUUCAUGUCUUCCUAUGAGCAGCGAGUCGAGUCGUGGGACAAGAACUUUCAGUACCUGCUGUUUGCAGCAGAGCCAUACGAAAUCAUAUCUUUCAAGAUCCCCAGCACAGAAAUUGACAAGACCCCAUCCAAGUUCUUCUCCCACUGGAACCCUGAUACCAAGACCUUCACACCUCGCCCACUCGCCCCGGCCUACUCCUACGCACAUCUCCUCCCCUCCUCGUGCCUCUUUGCUUCUCAUCCUUCCCUCUCCCCUCCCCAUCCACCCCAUGCAGCUUCAGCUAUACUUCAAGCCCCGUCCAGUCGCCCCCACCAACCAUGGGGGCAAUAUGGGGGGGGAGGCGGGUACAUGCCUCCCCCUCCCCCGCCACAGCAACAGGGGGGGGGAGGGGCGUAUGGGGGCGCGUAUGGGGGGUAUCCCCCUAGCAACCAGCCACAGGCACAUGGAGGGGGAGCGGGGGGAGCAGGGGGAGGGGGAGGGGGAGCAGGGGGAGUGCCAGUGUCCAGACCCCCACCCCCACCCCCCCAGCAGCAGCAAGGGGGAAUGUAUUCUGCUGUCCCCCCGCCUCCCCCUGCUGCACCUGGAGGGUACCAGCCUCCUCCCCCACCACAGACCUAG